AUGGACGCUAGACGAAACAGUGGCUCUUAUGCCAGACCAACCGGCUAUUUUACACAUCAUGAUCCUUAUCCAACUGUUCAUGUACCAAAAACUCGCAGCUUGGACGCACAGCAUGGUCCGAAUCGGCUAGAGACACUCCCACAACUCGAUACUCGAGGUGCUUCAACAAACAGGAAUACUGCCUUUGAUGAAACUCCUAUCUCGCCUGAAUAUGCAAAUCGCCAUCGUCCAAAACAUGGCACCGUCUCUGACAGAUCCCCUCUUCAAAAGCUGGAGGGCAAACUCGACGACAUCAGCAAAGAAGAGAAGAGAGCCCGGAUUGAGAAUACUGAGUACCGUGCUCGCCAAAAAUCAUCAGCGAAUCAGUCCCGAAGGGUUCACGCCGGACACCAGCAGACUUUGUCUCACAAUCCAGAUGCAGGCUACCGUCGUCAUGAACGGAGACAUUCGUCUGCGCCAUCGCCAGCAACACAGCACGACGGAAACAUGCAACAAGGACGAUCCUCGCUGGACUACGGAGGAACUUCCUCUCAUGUCGUUGAUCCAGAUGUAUUGAAUGCUAGCCAAAAAUUCAGGCGUGCCUCUGACGCUUUGAGAACACAGAAUCAAGCUCAACACACAGGGGAUGGCCGUAGCUAUCCCGACUAUUCAACACCGGCUGGAAUCCAGACUCAUCUCGAAAGAUCAAACUCAAAGAGCUAUCGCCAUCGAGCGCGUGACGCUGGCUAUGCUGGAGCCGCCGCCGCCGCUGCUAUGCCGUCCCCCCAAACCCAUGGACAUGAUGGCAUUGUUAGCCAGCAACGUGGUCAUCGCUCUUCUGGUCACCAUGAUGAAGCUCGCUUGGCCAGUCGUGCCAAAUCUCACAAUGCUAAUCAACCUACCGGCAACUUUCAAGGCCUGCCUUCAGGCCAGGAUAAUACUUCGCAUAUACCCGACGCCCAAAAAUCGCUGCAUACUUCGCGCGUAGGAGCGGGCGGAGGCCUAAGGGCUGCUAAUCAACACCAGGACCCGGAUCCUGUUCCACCCAAGUCCGUCAGAACUGACCACAAGCAUGGGCCUGCGUACAACAUUCCUCCUCAAACCGCUGGGGGACAGGAUGCUAGAGAAUAUGUGGGCUUCUCUAAUGUCCAGCCCCUAGCUCCUCAGGAAAAUCAAUCUGCGAAACGUCACCAUCAUCACGGUAUCAGCAACUUGUUCCAUCGACAUCAGCAUGAGGGCGGGACCUAUCGAAAGAGACCCGAGCUACAAGAGUGGCGUCUGGGUGGAGUAGCAAGACUAUUCGCCGAAGAUCACAAUGUUCAAGACCCAGUAAAAGCUACUGCGAAUAGUCCCUGGUGGGAUGGUAGAGGAUCGCGAAAGAGUGUCUCAGCACAGGACGGCUCAGGGGCUUAUGACGGCACCUACGACGAACCCGCAAGAGUCUUCCAGCCNCCGCUCUUCCUAAAAUGCGGCCCAUUGUUGCGUUAUACUGGUAUGCGCCGAGAGAAAGCUUCGCAGACAAACCGUACUGGUCAUGUUGANAAAGAGAUCUGGAGAGGCACCGUGAUGAUUGUCACCCAGGAUGAGCACUCUUCAUAUGAGAAUAGCCCGACGCUUCGACUGUUUGCGCAAUCGAUGGAGUUGUUGCCACCACCGUCGGCAGAGCACCAACGCGAUCCACCGCCUGAAUACCUUGAUCCGAUAGCUGGUCAGAUGAAAAUCUCUCGAACUGGACAGCCACUUUCCGUGAGACCUGUCAGUGCUCUUGAGGAUUGUGUGGAUCUGUCUCGUGUGGACAACGAAUCUGGUCUGUUUGAGCGAACAAGAUCACUCGACCAAGAAUCCCAGCAAACUCACGGUCCUGACAACACGCGCAAUGGAUCUCGGAUCCGGGCUCGCGACGGCGAGAAGGCUGGCAAGUAUCGCGAAGUCAAGGCUGUUCGUCUACACAGAGAACGCGGUGUAACAUUUUGGCGAUUUAAUCUUGAGAUUGAACUUGGUCUGAAACAAGCGCGAGUUGCGUAUCGAAUUAAUCGAGGUCCAGCGAUCGGCUUCUGGGUCCCUGGGAGAGGCCAAAGUAUGAACAUCAUGUUCCAUUCUUGUAACGGUUUCAGCUUGUCCGUAAACUCGAAUGAGUUUACUGGGCCAGAUCCCCUUUGGCGAGAUGUUCUGAACAAACACCAAUCGAGGCCUUUUCAUGUCAUGCUUGGUGGUGGAGAUCAGAUCUAUAACGAUGCCGCCAUGCGUGAUACAACUUACUUCAAAGAGUGGUUGCAGACCAAGAAUCCGGAGCACAAGCACAGAGCCAAUUUCACAGAAGAAAUGCAAGACGAGCUAGAAACAUUUUACCUCGAUAGGUAUAGUAUGUGGUUCUCACAAGGCCUGUUUGGUAUGGCCAACAGCCAGAUUCCAAUGGUGAAUAUUUGGGACGAUCAUGACAUUAUUGAUGUAAGUUCUCAAAUGGCUGUCGGGUGUAUGUGCUGA